CAAUUGCUUUCCGCCAGUUCAUCGACACUUUGUCACACUCCUGAAAAUGAUAAAAGCCAUACUUAUAUUUAACAACCAUGGCAAGCCUCGGCUUUCUAAAUUCUACGAACACUAUAGUGAAGACACAGAGCAGCAGAUCAUCAGAGAAACAUUUCACUUGGUGUCAAAACGAGAUGAGAAUGUCUGCAAUUUUCUUGAAGGUGGACUGUUAAUAGGAGGAUCUGACAAUAAGCUUAUCUACAGACACUAUGCCACGCUGUAUUUUGUGUUUUGUGUCGACUCCUCAGAAAGUGAACUUGGAAUUCUUGACUUAAUCCAGGUAUUUGUGGAAACACUGGACAAAUGCUUUGAGAACGUUUGCGAACUGGACUUAAUUUUCCAUGUGGACAAGGUCCACAAUAUCCUGGCAGAGAUGGUGAUGGGGGGAAUGGUCCUGGAGACAAAUAUGAAUGAGAUAAUCACACAAAUCGACGCCCAAAACAAAAUGGAGAAGUCUGAGGCUGGGAUUGCAGGAGCUCCUGCGCGUGCUGUAUCUGCCGUAAAGAACAUGAACCUUCCGGAAAUGCCCCGCAACAUCAAUAUCGGAGACAUCAGCAUAAAAGUGCCAAACCUGCCCUCUUUUAAAUAAUGGAACAGCCUGAGGCAUAAGUCGACAGGUGUUUAUAACGAAAUUACGUGUUUACCAAAAUCGAAGCAAAUACCUUAU